AUGUCUUCGAAAAGAGUUGUUGCAAAGCUGCAGCCGGCCGUCAAUGCCUCUAUAACACGCGCAUUGCGCCCUGGAUAUGCUCAGAGGCUCCAGUACAGCACGCGGACCUUGGCUGGUCGCGCAACGAGCCCCCGCAAGCUCGAGACACGACAGCUGCAGCCAUUUGCCCGCUUUGCUUCCUCUGGGGCUUCUGGAGAGAAGCCAGCGAGGACAGGUCUGUAUGAGCUGCACACCAAGUUCGGCGCCAAGUUUGUGCCCUUUGGCGGCUACGAGAUGCCUGUGCAGUACAGCGACCUGAGCAUCAUCGACUCACACAACUGGACCCGUGAGAAGGCCAGCCUGUUCGACGUUGGACACAUGGUACAGCACCACUUCUCUGGACCUGGCGCCGAGGCAUUCCUCGAAAGCAUCACUCCCUCAUCCAUCUCCACUCUUCCUCCAAACCAAUCCACCCUCUCCACCCUGUUGCACCCUGAGACGGGAGGCAUCGUUGACGACACCGUCAUUGCGCGCCUGCCAGACAGGUUCUACGUAGUUACCAACGCUGGUUGCCGCGAGAAAGACAAGGCCUACUUGUCUGAGCAGCUUGAGUCGUGGAAGCAGCAGAACCCUGACAAGGCCGUGGAGUGGAACAUCCUCGACGGACAGGGCUUGGUCGCUCUCCAGGGGCCUCUGUCUGCUGACAUUCUCUCCCGCAUCCUGGCCGAUGAGUCCGCUCUCACCCUCAAGUCGCUGUACUUUGGUCAGUGCAUUCCAGCGACAAUCAAGGGCACAAACGUCGAGGUGCUAGUAAGCCGUGCCGGAUACACUGGCGAGGACGGCUUCGAGAUCAGCAUCCCGUCUUCUGCUACUGAGGCUGUCACCCAGUUCCUCCUCGAUAACGCGAAGGACGAGUUGCGCUUUGCUGGUCUCGGAGCGCGCGAUACCCUCCGCCUCGAGGCUGGCAUGUGCCUCUACGGCCACGACUUGGACGACACCACAACUCCCGUUGAGGCGGCGCUAUCCUGGAUCAUCGGAAAGGAUCGUCGCGCAAAGGGCGGCUUCCACGGUGAUUCAGUCAUCCUUCAGCAACUGAAGAAGAAGUCCGAGGGCGGCGGUGUUUCGCGACGCCGUAUUGGCCUGAUUAUCGAGGGCUCCCCUGCUCGCGAGGGCGCCGAGAUCGUUAGCGAGACCGGCGAGAAGAUUGGCAACAUCACCUCCGGCUGCCCAUCGCCCACCCUCAAGAAGAACAUCUCGAUGGGCUACAUUAAAGACGGUCUGCACAAGGCAGGCACCGAAGUCCAGGUUGUCGUACGCGGAAAGAAGAGGAAGGCCGUGGUGACCAAGAUGCCCUUCGUUCCCAGCAAGUACUUCAAGCAGCCCACGACAGCCAAGGCAUAG